UGUAUGGCUGUAUCUGUUUUGUAGGUGAUGUCCCGUGGUCAAGUGGUGGAUGCAGGAACUUUAGAUUCCCUCUCCUUCAGUUUGAGUACUGAUCACUCCUGGACUUCAUCAGCUUGUGUUCUGGUGUCCCACACACUUCCAGAUGGACAGAUUGUGAAUGAUGCUCUACAAGUGACUUUCACACAAGUCCUAAGAAACACCGUAAGAGUUCGCUGGAGUCAGGACCGUGCAGAACCAGCGGACUCUGUGUCUCUCUCUGUCUCUGUGUCCAAGCCCAGAUCUCUGGUGGGAAUUCUGGUAGUAGACAAGGGAACACUGGACUCCAAAACAGACAAUGGCAUCACAGAGAAGACGGUACUGGAGGAAUUUAUGGCGUACAGCAGUGAAGUGACCCAGACGGAUUACAGUGGCAUGAAAAUGGGAGAUCCGUACUCUAUAUUCAUGAAGUGCGGUGUCACGGUUCUGACAGAUGCCAGACUGAAUCAGGAGACGAGUCAAUUGAUCCCUGCAUUCCCAGGUGAAGGACUGUUUCAGACUCAGCAUGCGGACGGGAUGUUUCAAGAACCCCGAGAGAGAAAACACUUCCCUGAAACAUGAAUCUGGAUGGAUGCUAAUAUGAGGUGUUGGUUUGUUGUUGCAGAGAGUGAGAUGUUUGAGUUUGUGGCUACUGACAAUGAAGAAAUUUUUCUGGCCCAUGUGAGGAAAGUCUCAGUGUUGAGUCAGGAUGUUACGUCCAUUUUGUUCCCCAUCAGAGCAACUGUACUGGGAGAGAUCCCCAUCUCUGUGAAAGCUGUAUCCAUCUACAGCUCAGACUUAGUCUACCAAACAGUUCAUGUCAAUCCAGAAGGAAUGGAGCAGUCGUUCAAUCAGACGUUGUUUCUGGAGUUUUUACAUAAGGAGAAAAUGCUGUCUAGAUCGAUGGAGUUCAGUUUUCCUGCAGAUGUGGUACCCGGCAGUCAGAGAGCCCAUGUGUCUGCUGUUGGUGACAUUCUGGGUCCAUCCAUGGGCAAUCUGGACUCGCUCAUUCAGAUGCCUUAUGGUUGUGGCGAGCAAAACAUGAUCCAUUUUGCUCCAAAUACUUAUGUUCUCCAAUACCUAAGGAGCACAGGACAGGCCGAAGAACAGACCAGGAGCAGGGCAAUGAGCUACAUGAUGGAAGCAUAUGAGUGUGAACUGUCCUAUCAGAGGCUUGACGGCUCCUUCAGUGCUUUUGGAGACAGUGAUUACUCUGGAAGCACAUGGUAAUCAGCGUUCAUCUUGAGAUGUUUUCUCCAGGCUCGUACCUUCAUCUCCAUUGACCGAACAGUGGUGAAGAGGACAGCUGAAUGGCUGGUGACUCAGCAGGAGCCUGAUGGGUCGUUCCGAGAGCCAGGUCAUGUCAUCCACACAGAACUCCAGGGAGGUUUGGAUGGACCUGUUUCACUCACUGCAUACAUCCUUAUAGCACUUCUAGAGGAUGAUGACUACAGAAGUACAUAUGAAGGUAGUGUGUCGUCUGCGUUGAGUUUCAUGACAUGUCGACUGGCUCAGGGCAUCUCCAGUAACUACAGUCUGUGUCUGGUCACGUAUGCGCUGUCACUGGCCAACAGCAGCGCUGCUUCAUCUGCCCUCACAGAGCUGAUGAACAGAGCGGUCAUAAGGGAAGGAAUGCCAUUUUGGAUCUCUCUGUUAGAUUCUUGGCCACCUCGUUCGGCGGACAUCGAGAUUUCUGCCUAUGUACUGCUGUCCAUGCACAGGCAGUCACAAAUGUAUGAAGGUUUCAGUCUGAUGAAAUGGCUGAGCCAACAGAGGAACCAUCUUGGUGGAUAUGGAUCCACUCAGUAUACAGUAGUAGCGAUACAGGCUUCGGUGUACGCCACAUACAGCAGUUCUGAAUACAUGGAUCUCACCAUCACAGUCAACAACCCCACCAGCACUGUGGCCAUCUUCAGCAUCGGCACAUCCAAUUACCUGCUGCACCAGAGCCAAGACCUGCCCAUGGAGGCAGAGAACCCGGUUCACAUUCAGGUGGUGGCAGAAGGGAAAGGCUUUACUCUCUUUCAGCUUACUGUGUUCUACUACGCGAACAGCCAGAGAACAUCACUCAGACGUCACAACGUUUACACAGAUGAUGCAUUUUAUGUAGACAUGUUGGACAAUGACACGUUCCGUGCUAAUCUUCACUUUUCUUUCAGUCUGAGGGAGGACCAAGGCCUGUAUCAGACAGGGAUGACCAUAAUGGAUGUGGGUUUAAUAACUGGCUUCAGCUUGGCACAAGACACCAUCCACACAGACGAUGUGGUCAGAAGAAUAGAGACACCUCCAGGACGAGCUAUUCUAUACUUAAACACUGUCACCACAUCUGAGAGGUGUGUUGAAAUACCCACCAUUCUGGACUUCAAGGUGACCAAUGUUCAGAAUGCAGUGGUCAUGAUCUACGACUACUAUGAGCCCCGACGGAAGACUGUGUGGUCCUAUACAUCAGAGAAAAGACGGGACAUGUCUGUAUGUUCACUGUGUGGGUCAGAUUACUCUCAGUGUGGGGCUCAACAUCCAGGAUGUAUUCGUGAUGGAACGCCCUCAUUUAACCAACAUCAGCUUCUGACUCUGGGCGUGACCAUAGCACUCCUCAUCCUCCUGUCAAUCUACAACUAAUCAGCGUUUUCCCUUUACACUGGCCUGAGAUCAGUUUGGCAAGAUGACAUACAGUAUCUUCAAAUUCCCACACAAUAGACUUCAUUCAUGAAACACUAGCAGAACACAAGUAUUUUAGUUUUAUGUCUUCGUAAAACCACUGUUACAUAAAUAUUCAUAUCCAUGUGUUGUUAAAACAUCGGUUCAUAAAGCAAAUCUUACGUUAAUUGUCACAACAAGGGCCCCCAAAUGGUCUCAUUCAUGAAAUACAAGCUGAACAAACUUCUGUGUAAAUCAUUCGUACGUCCAUUCUUAACCAUUAUAUUAACUGUACGAUUUUAAUAAAAACAUGACAGAGAUCAUUUACAGCAGACACAUGAAUGUGCCAAUUUAUGUAAGAACGAUUCUUGAACAAUUGGUUUU